AUGACAAUUAAAGAUAGAGUUAAAAGAGUUUCAAGAAUCUUUUCUUCUGAUUCAAAAGAAGCUUUAGAUAAACAAUUGAAAGAAGGUAAAGCAAAGGAAGAAUCCAAACAAGAAGAACAACCAGCUGCUACUACUGAAGAAGAAGCUCCAAAAGAAACCACAACUACUGAAGAACCUGCUGUUGCUGCUGCUGUUGAACCUGAAGUUGCCGCCGCUGAAGAAAUUCCUGCUCCAGAUGCUACUGUUACUGAAGAACCUGCUGUUGAAGAAGCCGCCAAAGAAGGUGAAGAAGUUGCCAAAGGCGCUCCAAAAGAAGGUGAUGUACCUGCUGAAGAAGGUGCUCCUAAAGAAGGUGAAGAUGCUGCUGAUGCUGCCAAAGCUGAAGUCAAAGACACUAGUGACAAGAUUGAUAAGGCUCACAAGAGAACUGAUGUAUUUAAGAAGUUAUUGAAGAAAUUCAAAAAGACUUCUGCUGCAAAGAAUUAA